ACCACUGCAGUUCAGAUAGUCGCUACCUCUGCUAUGCCUCCACCCUCCAUAGACUCGUCGUACUCACCAGUGUUCACUGCAACUGCGUAUCUUCUUCACGUGUGUCAUUUUUAAAAUAAUUGAGAUAUCACUUAGCUAUCAAAUCAACGAUUUCAGACUUGUAGAUCAGGUAUAGAAAGAACUUAUAGCGCGCACAUCACGGUAUCUUCAUCGUUUGUUAAUAUACCUUAAAAAACCACGCGAUUGUGUUGAAAUUUAAUCAUUGAGGUUAAUCGCCGAAACCGUUGUAUUUCUGUUACCUCCGCUGUUGUAUCCGUAGAAAUAAUACUUCGAAGUAAACGUAAACGAGAAAAAAAAUGAGUUUUUCAUUUGGCCAACCGACUACUCAGCCCUCAACCCAGCAAGGAUUUUCUCUGGGUACUACUUCUCAACUAACAACAGGAGGUACACAGGGGAUCACGUUUGGUGCUGUAGCAGCAGGUGCUGGCGAUGCUAACAAAAUCACAGCUCCAGGUUUCCCUCAGACGGCUAUGCAGCCGCAAGCAAAAUCUGACUCGCAGUUAUUCGCUACCAGGUUUGCUCCAGCUACCACUCUACCUAGUCUUGGUGCAAUUUCUGGUUUUGGAACAAAUCCACCUAAAAAUACGUGGUCCCUGCUCUCUAAUUCUACAAGUGGGACUCCUGCACAAUCUAGUAAUCUAAGUUUUGGGGCACAAGUCAGCACCUCAAUAAAAACAACUCCGCAAUUGACUCAGCCAGGUUUCCAAGGAUCAAACCCAUCAAAUGUCACGAGCUUGGGCAAUGCCUUUGCCACACCAUCGAAUGUGCAAGGAUUUAAUUUCGGCGCUAAUCCUGCCACUACUGCUUCCAGCGUCACUUUUAAUUUAGGUGGCACACCAACUACUUCUGCACAACCAUCCGGUGGUCUAACCUUUGAAACUCCAAAACCAACUCCCUCUGAAGCACCGCCAGGGACUGCUACCGCAACUACUGGAGGACUAUCCAAUCUUGCUUUUAGCGUUACGCCUAGAUCCACAGCAGCGCCCAAUUUUGCUACCGGAAUCAGCUCAACUCCAGCUGCAACAGUCUUCAGUCUUCCAUCCACUACUCAACCUAUUCAAAAUGUGGCAGCGGGAACUACCACCGCGCCAGUCUCCAGUGCAACAGGCACUUUCAGUCUCUCUGCACCUACAUCUCAACCAGCCCAAUCAACCGCAGCAACUUUCAAUCUUGGCAGUACUGCUACAACCACACCAACUGCAACAGGUUUUAACCUGACAGCCCCAGCUGCGACGAGCUCUUUUGGUAUCGGUAGUACAGUACCUACAACCUCGACACUUGGUUUCAACUUGGGUACAACAACAUCUGCUGCAACAACUGCUGGAUUUAAUUUUGGCAAAAGUUCUGCACCCACAGUGUCCACCACGGCAACAACUAGUGCACCACAAACAAGUUUGGGGACUGCGACAAACGUAACAGCAUCGACCGCUGCAACGAGCCAACCUGCUGGACUGAAUUUUUGUCAGCUUGAAGAAGCUAUCAAUAAAUGGACGCUGAAGUUAGAAGAACAGGAAAAGGCUUUUGUCAAUCAGGCAACUCAGGUCAAUGCGUGGGACAGACUUCUCAUUGCUAAUGGAAACAAAAUUGUGUCUUUAAACCAAGAAGUGGAACGAGUUGAACUGGAGCAACAGCAGUUGGAACACGAAUUGGAUUACGUGGUUGGUCAACAGAGAGAAUUACAGGACUGCCUAGUGCCCUUGGAGAAAGAACUGGCAUCCGUGUCUGCAAUAGACCCAGAGCGAGAGUACACUUAUCGUCUAGCAGAAAACUUGGAUACUCAGUUGAAGCAGAUGUCCGAGGACUUGAAAGAGAUAAUUGAGCACUUGAACGAAGCUAAUCGAUCUCAAGACUCGAGUGACCCAAUCGUGCAGAUUGGUAAGAUCUUAAAUGCACAUAUGAACAGCUUGCAGUGGUUGGAUCAACGCAGAGCGCUUUUGCAGACAAAGAUACAACAGAUUGAUUCAAUGCAUCAGAAUUUUAGACAAGAGCAUGAACGCAGUUUUAAUUUAGCAUAUAAUUAAUCAUCACAAGUUGACGGUAUUCAACCGUACUUAUCCACCUGAUGGAAAAGAGUCAAAGGAAGUUGAAGAAUGGGUUUCCAUUUGUAUCGACCUGAGAUAUUUUAGGUAAGGAGAGUCUGUGUUAACGUCAUGAAAACUACUUGAAUAGUCUAAUCAUUGAUGUGAUUUAGAAAUAUCAUGUGAUAUUAAAAUGUUUUUGUUUAUCAACAACACAAGUUAAAUCCAAACCUGAGUCAAGAAGCACCCUUUCUAUUGUUUGUAACCCAAGGAGCUUGAUAACCGUUUUAAUAAAUAUUGUAUUUUGAAAUAUACAGAAUUUCCUUAGUUAAA